AAUAAACGUCCCGUGGUGAUACAAGUGGCGGAAAAAAAAAUCAUUUUUGUUAAUCCUCGGGCAGGGAGAGCUACCUAAGCUUCAGGAUAACUGUGGUAUAAGAAAUUUGAGCUCGUCCAGUCCCAAACGUAGAACGCCUGGUGAAGAUUUGCUGAUCACUUCCUUGCGAAGAGUGGAAAGCAGUUAUGGCAUCCCUAAGACCUUCUGAGAAUGCAUCCAACAACAAACACAACCAGGUGCCAUUGGUCAAUGACGAAGAACUUGACUUGAAUGAGAUCCCAGAGCCUACAUUACACUUCAGUGUGCAUAACCAAAAUAUCAUACGGUUUAUCAAAGACAGACAACGCUUACCAAAAUCAGACAAUGACCUGAAUAGUGAUGCAUUUCAAGAUAUAGAUAUCAAUGAUGUCUCAAGAGACCCAUUGCAUGAGCAGCCAAGCUUCAUCAACAACUCGCCUCUCCUAGUAUACCUACGUGUUCUAAAAACAUUAUGUUUAGGCUUUGCCUUUUUUGGGCUGGGAAUAACCAGUGCAUUGUUUGGGCCUUCUUUGUUUGAUCUGGCUUACAAGACAAGAUCACAAAUUCAUGACAUGUCUUUUGUCUUCACUGCGAGGUCUGUUGGGUACUUGAUUGGCAGUGUUGCUGGUGGUUGGCUCUAUGACAAACUUGAUGGUUAUCUAGUCAUAGGCCUUGUGUCUCUGCUUGGUGCAUUGUUUAGCAUUGUAAUGCCUCUUGUUGGUAACAUCUAUGGCCUUAUCUUUGUUGCAUGUCUGGCAUCCAUUGGUAAUGGCGCCCUGGACACAGACGGUAAUGCCCUAAUGCUGCUGUUAUGGCCUGGCCAUGGACCAUACAUGCAGCUGCUCCACUUCACCUUUGCUGUUGGAUCCUUUUUCUCACCACUUUUGGUAAAACCCUUCCUUCUUCCCGAUUCCAUCACCAACCCCGACAUCUACAGCCCAACAGACAACACAUCGGGCAGCCUUAAUGUUACAGGCAAUAGUGUCACUGAGCAUAGCAUUGGUGCUAUCCCAUUGACUUGGGCAUAUAUAAUUGGCUCAUUUCCACAGCUUGCUGCAGGAGUUGUCUUCUUGUGUUUUGCAUUCUUCAAGUCUUGCAAGGAAGAGUAUGUCAAGAAGGAGAAGAGAAUUGUGGCGUCCAGUGGUCAGAGUGGAGCUGUGUACAAAGCUGUUAUUCUGACCAUGUUCUUCUUCCUCUUUCUUCUGUAUGUUGGCAUGGAAACAGGGUAUGGGGGUUUUAUCUUCACUUUUGCUGUCAAGGCAAAACCAUCAAUGACCAAAUCAAGUGCAGCCAACCUUAACUCUGGAUACUGGGGGAGUUUUGCAUUCGCCAGAUUACUAUCGGUACCCCUAGCCAAGUAUGUCAAACCUGGCCACAUGAUUAUUGGUGACUUUAUUGGGACUACCAUUGCAGCUGGUAUUCUGGUAUCUAUGUCCAGUCAGGGUUGUGAUGCUGCUUCAAUACCACGUCUAUGGGCAGGUACCAUCAUCCUUGGCAUGUCUGCCGCUUCAGUGUUUCCAGCUGCCCUCAGCUGGGCUGAGCUCUUCCUGGACGUGUCUGGAAAGACUGCUUCCGUGUUCCUGGUCGGUGCUUGUGUUGGUGAUAUGGCGGUACCACUGUUUGUUGGCAACACGAUAACAAGUAUUGGGCCGUGUACUCUUCCAUUUUCGGUGCUUGUUCUUUGCUGUUUUUGUGUUCUUAUUUUUGCCUUGAUAUCAUUGUUUGCCUGGUAUCACAGAUCCGUUGGGGUCACCUCAGGACUUGGAUUUCAUAGCAGGAAUAAAACAGAGUUGCUGGAACCUUCGGGACCACAGCGGCGUGAAAACGAUAUGUUAGAUCUUAUUGAAAACUAGGAAAAUAAUUCAAAGACUUUUUUAAUGUAUAGUCGCGGGUUAUAAUGAUAUGUAGUCAUUCCAAGAUACGCAGCCAUGAUUAAAGAACGAAGGCCAAAGAUGGAAGGUUGGACUGCAAGAUACUCUGUUAAAAAAGUUCUUAUCUUCGUAUUUCAUGAAUGAUCGACCCUGAACAAAGACAUAGCCUCAACAGUAAAACAAGGCUAGUUUGACGGUACUAAGUCCACUGUAAUAUGUACCGCUUAGUUCUUGCCACACAGACAUGACAGCAGAUUUUGACUUUUAACUAUUUUUGCAAUAGGCUAUAGUCGUUUGUCUCAAUAAUGAUUACUUUAAUUGUAAAUGAACCUACGUGCUUCAAUUUUUCGAGUCAUCAUUUUUGGGAGAUAUCAAAAGGUAGUUUAAUACUGUUGUCGACAAACCUAAAACCUUUACUGUCAAAGAGGCCUCUCUUGGUUUCCCAUGCACUUCUAAGUAGAUGAGCUUUUUUAAAAUCUUGAAAAAAUCGAGUUUUCAACGUUAUCGACAUUCUCCACUUUAUGCAAAAAAAAGCACCAAAAUUGGCGAUUAUUAGUAAAAACAAAGUUUGUGUUUUUUAGAUAUUUUCUUAGAAUUCCCGGACAGAUGUGUAGACAUUGAGUCAAGAUUUUGACUAGAUUAUUUAAAAAAUAGACUUUUCGUUGAAAUCUCUAGCUACCUAUUUCGAGGUCCUGGUGCACGAUUUCGUACUGGGAACAUCGAUAUCCUUUUUGCACCCCUUCUAAGGAUUACAAAUAUCUAUAUUGUCCGAGUGAGUGCACGGGGAGCCUCCUUCCGACUAGACUAUUUAGCUGUUUAGGCCGAAACGCAACAGUGCGAAGAGUGGGGGAAAAACGCGCGAAAAGUGCGACAAUGCGCGAAAGUUUCCCCUCUGAAUCAAAAUUAAUUUUCAUUUUGUUGAAAGCAAAGAAAAUAAAAAUACAAAGAAAGGGAUACCUAACUAUCAGUACAUUAACUCUAUCUGCAAAUGAAUUAAAGAAAUUAAAUGCUUUA